AUGAACACGAACAUGACGGACAUGAGCAUGGACACGCAGGAUUUCCAUCAUCCAUUUACUCCGUACGAGAUUCAGCUGCAAUUUAUGCAGGCCUUGUACGGAUGUCUGGAAGAUGGUAAAGUCGCCGUAUUCGAAUCUCCGACUGCGGGUGCAGGUACCGGUAAAUCGUUGAGUCUCAUCUGUGGCUCUUUGACAUGGCUUCGAGAUCACAAGCGCCAGGCCUUUCAAGAAACAUUGGACCAGGCCGCAUGUGACGAUGAUGAGCCGGAGUGGAUGAUCGAAUUUGCCAAGCGUGACUCCCGACGAACCAUUGCAGAGAAACGACAACAAUUUGAAUCAAGACUGGCAAAGAUCAAACAAGACGAAGAGCGCCUAAAGCAGAAGCAGAAGCAGGCCCAAGACACCCAAGAACGCCCGCGUAAGAAACAGCGACUAGAAGAGCCAGCAGCGAAGUCAGCUCCCGACGAUGAUGAACAAUUCGUUCUGGACGACUACGACAGUGAGACCGACGAAAGGCAAAAGACAAGCCAAUCUGCCGGAGUGGACGGCCUUUCCGCUAGUACUCUCGCUUUACUAGAGAAGUAUAAGGGACAAUUUACAUCGCAAAAACCGGAACAAGAUGAUGAAGAUGACUCGGUCAAGAUCUUUUACUGCUCAAGGACCCAUUCUCAGCUCAGUCAAUUCGCAGGAGAGCUCCGCCGUGUCGCUUUCCCAUCCAGUAUCCCCAGCGACCCCGAAGCCGAAGGCAAAGACGAUCUCUCGCUAGAAGAACGCGUCAAACAUCUCUCCCUAGGAUCCCGAAAGAACCUCUGCAUUAACCCCAAGGUUCAAGCAUUGGGGAACAGCACCGCAAUCAACGAGCGAUGCCUAGACCUCCAACAACCAGGCGUCGCCGCCGAAAAGAAAUGUUCUUUCCUCCCAUCAAAAGACGACGAAGCCCUAAUGCUGGAGUUUCGCGAUCACACCCUGGCAACAGUCAAAGACAUCGAAGACAUCGGCAAAGUCGGACAACAAGUCGGUAUCUGUCCAUACUACGCAUCCCGCUCCGUCAUCAAGCACAGCGAAAUCGUGACACUACCAUACCCCCUUCUCCUCCAGCGCUCAGCCCGCGAAGCCCUCAACCUCUCAGUAAAAGGCCACGUGGUAAUCAUCGACGAAGCGCAUAAUUUAAUGGACGCAAUCGCCGGCAUCCACUCCGUCUCCGUCUCACUCUCGCAACUCGAAACAGCCACAACCCAAUUAACAACCUACGCGCGCAAAUUCAAAACGCGCCUCAAGGGCAAAAAUCGCAGCUAUCUGGCCCAGGUUAUUCGGCUUGUCGGCUCGAUUGCGGGCUAUCUGCGUGGUAUUGCGCAGACUGCCUUAAAGGGGGGGUAUCUUCAGGAAAGUAAGUUGGCGAGGAAGGUGGAUGGGUAUGUUGAAUCUGAGUCUACUCAAGAAGGCCAAGGUCAGGGUCAGGGCCAAGGUAGUCGGACGAGAGAUCGGACGACGGUGCCGGUUCUGUUUCAUAUUCAGAGUUUUCUUUUGCCUUUGAUGAAUCCGUCAGAGGAAGGGAGACUCUUUUAUCAGAAGGGUCAGGAUGGAGUAUUGUUGAAAUACAUGCUUCUUGACCCGACCAAUCACUUCCGGGAAAUUGUUGAGGAUGCUCGGGCGGUCAUUUUGGCCGGUGGAACUAUGUCUCCUAUGACGGACUACAUGAAUCAUUUGUUCUCAUAUGUACCACCCGAGCGAUUGGAUACCUUCAGUUACGGCCACGUUAUUCCAUCGAAAAAUUUGGUUGCACAAUCUCUAACAAAAGGGCUGCUGGGCUCGGAAUUCGAUUUUACCUACGAGGCUCGAGGGUCAGAGAAAAUGAUUACCGAUCUAGGACGAACGAUCGCCACUUUGUGUCAAGUCAUUCCAGAUGGCGUCGUCGCUUUCUUCCCCAGCUUCGAUUACCUGAGCCAAGUGGUGAAUGUCUGGAAGAAACCCAUUCCAAACGGAAAUGGCCAAACAACCUUCAGUCUGAUCGAAAAGAAAAAGAAGGUCAUGUACGAGUCCCGCGAAGCAGUCACUACCACCGACACACUGCUCCAAGAGUACACCGAAGCCAUCGAAUCCGGCUCAGGAGCACUACUCUUAUCCGUGGUCGGAGGAAAACUCUCAGAAGGAAUCAACUUCUCCGAUAAACUGGGCCGAGGCGUCUUCAUAAUUGGACUACCGUUCCCCAACAUCCGCAGCGCUGUCUGGCAGGCUAAAAUCAACACUCGGGAUCAGAGUCGGAGAAAAAAAGCUCGUGCCACUGCGGCUGGGAAGGACUUUUAUGAAAAUGCUUGCAUGCGCGCUGUGAAUCAGUGUAUUGGGCGAGCUAUUCGGCAUGUUAAUGAUUAUGCUGCGAUCGUGAUGAUUGAUCGCCGCUAUGAAACCCCGCGCAUUCAGGGUAAGUUGCCUGGGUGGAUUCAAGGUAGUCUUGUUUCGGCGGCGACGGCUCGGCCAGCUCAGAUGACUGUCCAGCGACUUUCUAAGUUCUUUGCGGAGAAGAAUAACUCGCUUUAG